AUGGAUAGUUUUGGUCCUGUUGAAAAUACCAGUGCAAGUGAAGACCCAAUUUUGAUUGAUAUGGAAAAAGACUUUCCUAGCUGGAAUGAUAGUGACAAUUCUAGUUACAGUAAUGUUGAUUAUUUAGUCGGUGUCAGGAACAUUAGAAAUUUCCUAUCUGAUAAAAUUCUUUUAGUUAGGGAUAACAAUAGCCAAAGGAACCGUUAUUCCAUAUAUUUUGAUAUUGAAAAUCAAUUUUUGGAGAUUUCUAAUGAUCCUUCUUUUCUAAGUGAACCAGAAAGUCUUUUUGAUAGUUAUAAUAAGAAUUCUAGCUAUCUGAAUAAUGUCUCUAAGAGACAUGAGAAUCAUUACAUGUAUGAUACUAAAUCGAGUUGGAAAAAUGGCAUUCAUAAUUGCAUUGAAAGUUAUCUUCGUUCUCAAAUCUGUAUUGUUAGUCACAUUUUAGGUGAAAGUGAUAAAUACAAUGACAGUUACUUUUAUACUUCUAUUUGUGCCAUUUUAGUUGUUAGAAAUCCGCAAACCAUUCCCACUUUUGGUCAAAAUUUCUUUGAAUAUGUCCUCGAAUUCAUUCGAGAUUUACCUCAUGGGGAGUUAGCUGCACCCACAAAUGAUAUAAAUACUACUGUUGCAUUAGCUUUACUUACAUCAGUAGCAUAUUUCUAUGCGGGUAUCAUGUCUCGUAUUUCUCGAAAAAGCGAUUCGAUUGAUGGGAUUUGGUAUGAUACUUAUGAGAUCGAAGAGAUUCCAAUAUUUCUUCUUAGAACGCUCGAGAAACAAAGAGAAGAUGUGUACGAACGAGAUAUCCAGCAACAAGAAGAAGGAAAAGGAUUGAAUAGAGGAACUCCCGAACAUUUAGCGAUCUCAGAUGUGUCGAUAUCAAUGGUGACUCAUUAUUUUGAUGAAAAAUUUCUUCGGACAGAAGAAGAUUAUGUAAACACUUACUCGAAAUCUCACUUAUCAGAUUCCAUUGUGUCUUCCACAAUGGAAUCUGAAGAAUUCGCCAUGAUAUAUCUGAUCCAUGCAUAA